AUGAGCUAUGUGAAUUGGGACGAUCAAUACAUGGACAACACGGGCGGAAUCGAGUCUUGCCUGAUUAUGCACCCAAGUGGACGCUGGAAUGACGCAAGGUGCACGGAUCCCUUCCGGGCCAUUUGCCAAAAAGACAUGAAUCGUAGUGCAAAGCGGACAGACAAGGAUCCGUAUAAAGCCGGGAGUCGAUUCAAUAUGAAGAUAACCGUUACCGGGCCGAAUCAAGUUACCGUGGCCUACGGUAGCGGAGCGUCAUGGAGUGGGAAGACAUGGAAGCAGACUGGAGAACUGGCUAGCUUGACGGCGGUUCGACGAUUUGAGUGUUAUGGACAGCUCCAAAAUGUGGUGCUCACCGGGUCGAAUUUGGUUGGAAAUACGGCAACUGAUUAUGAAGACGUGUGUCCCCUCUUUGGUAGCGAAAUCAACAAGCAGGUUGGCACAGAUGGGAAGGAUUCGAAGAACGCUUCAACUGACAAAAGAAAAUGGUCUGGUGAUGGUAGCCUAAUCUUUCUUAUGCAAGCCGGCAAUUUUCUCUUCAUGGCAUUUGGAGGCGAACCUCCCCACAUCGUCGGCUGCGACUACCGCAACGGCACGAAGGUGAUGAUGGCCGAGGAGGAGAUGGUGUGCCGCGAGAUGCGCACCGGCCAGUGCAAACCGAUCCUCGACUACUCGUUCAACUCGAUCAACGUGGAGUUCGACUUCUUGUGCCCGGAGAACGCGAAGGUGAUCAAGGACAGCACCUCGCUGCAGCUGCUCGGCAACCUGAUCGGCGCCCUCAUCUUCGGGCCCGUGUCGGAUCGGUGGGGCCGGAAAUGGACAAUGCUCGCCUGCGUGUUCUUCUCCGGGGUGUUCGGCUUCGCGUCGUCGUACGCACCCGGCUACUGGUCGUUCACCGUGCUACGCGCCUUCACCAUCUUCUUCAACGUCGGGCAUCAAGUCAUCAUCACGGUGUUCAUGUGCGAGACGCUGCCGGCAAAGCACCGUAUGUGGCUGAACUUCAUCCUCAACUGGUCCCCCAACAUCAUCAUCGUCACGGCGAUGGCGUGGACCGUCCAGGAUUGGCGGUGGUUGCAGCGCUCCCUUGGACUCCUCGGAAUCCCCAUCAGCAUCAUGAUGUACUUCUGCAAAGAGCCGGUGUACUGGCUCGUCCGCCAGGGGCGCCUCGACGACGCGAUGAAGGUCGUCGAGGAAACGUCGAAGAUGGACGGCAUCGAGUUCGACCCGGUCCCGUUGCGCAAGCUGUUCGAGGAGGAGCGCGAGGCGUGCAAGCGCACCGCCGGCAAGAGCUACUUCUACCAGCACCUCUUCUACACGUGGACCCUCGUCUCCUACUCGGCGACAAUGUACUUCAGCUACAUCUGCGUCGGCGCCGUCACGUACGGCCUGUUCUUCAACCUCGAGAAGCUCUCCGGGACCAUCUACGAGAAGAUGGUGAUGCUCUCCAUCUGCCGCACCGUGCUCAACAUGACGCUUGCCGCGCUCGACUACAAGAUCGAGUGCCUCGGGCGACUUAAAGCGCACUAUAUGUUCGCCGUGUACGUCGUGUUCGGGCUGGGCUGCGUAGUGGUGAUGCAGUACACGGGGUACGACCGCGAGUUCGACGACGUCGUCAAGUACCUCGCCCUCACCGCCAUUUCUGUGGCUGCGAUGAUUCUGCUGACGAACCAAGUGGUCGUCUCCGAGAUCUACCCGACCCCCAUCCGCAACAAGGCGUUCGCCGUCGCCCAGAUGAGCAACAACACCGGCUCCGUCAUCGGCGUGCAGCUCUUCAAAUUGACCGAAGUCCACCGCGCCAUCCCGUUCGGCGUGUUGAUGGUGAUGGUGGCGAUGGAGACGCUGCUGUGCUCGCGCUUCAUCCCCGAAUCGAAGAACAAGCCCCUCGUCGAGCAUAUGCCCAGCGCCGACGAGUCGUUCUGGACGUGCUGCAACAAGGGGAAGAAGGACAGGAGGAAGAGGGAGAGAACGAACUCGUCCACCGCCACCAACUCGACCGAAGAAUCGCAAAAGUCCAGCGCGGCGGACUGCUCGGUGUCGGUCUCGAUGGUCUCGGCGUACCAGGCAUCCGCUUCCGACUCAUCCAAAUCCGAC